GUUAUUUAUCCGAUUGUGAUUGGCUAACUAUGUUUGCUACAAGGUCAACGAGACAACUAAGAAACCUUAUCAGUUGUAACGUGGUUUUUCAGCGAGCAAUUAGCAAAAGUUGUCAAGCAGCCAUGCCAAUCAAGGUCGGAGAUAAGUUACCAGCAGUUGAUCUGUUUGAGAAUGAUCCUGGAACUAAAGUGAACUCCGGAGAAGCUUUUGCUAAGGGAAAGCAUGUCAUAUUGGCUGUACCUGGUGCAUUUACACCUGGAUGUUCUAUGACUCAUUUACCAGGCUAUGUAACAAACUUUGACAAGAUGAAAUCCAAAGGUGUUGACUCCGUAGCAUGCAUUUCUGUCAAUGAUCCAUUUGUAAUGGGGGCAUGGGGCAAAGAACAAAAGGCUGAUGGCAAGGUUAGAAUGUUGGCAGACACAUGUGGAGCAUUUACAAAGGCUGUAGACUUGGAAGUUGACUUGAGUGGUCCAUUAGGAAGCAAAAGAUCUAAGAGAUAUUCAAUGGUAGUGAAUGAUGGUGUAGUAACAGCACUCAACAUUGAACCAGACGGAACUGGUCUAACUUGCAGUCUCGCCCCAGAAGUUCUCAAACAAGUCUAGUCUGAAUGAACAGUCGUGUGUAGUGCAUUAAUACAUUUACCUUUUAUAGACAUGAAUCUGUACGCAUUGUUUUGCAUAGACCUUGGAUUUGAAUAAACCAAGGUUUUACAAUAUCUUUUCUGCCAUUUAGACAAAUAACUCAAGCCACACAAAAUACAUUUUUGCAAAUUUUUACAAUACUCUUGGAUCAGAGAUAUAAAGAGUUACUAUUCAAUGUGUAGCUACUUUUUACAAUACUCUUAUGUCAGAGAACUAAAGAGCUGCAAUUGUGUAGCUGUUUUUUUUUUUACAAUACUCUUGCUAAUGCAAAGAGCUUUUUUAAGCUUAUCAACAAUUGCUUUUUUUCUAACAAGAAUCAAUUUAGAAGGGCUUGGUUUUUUUCUUUGAUAAUUUUAUGUGCAGUGUUUUUAUGCACAAGAGCUUUCUUUUAUUUUUCAUUUACAUCAUAUUUUGAGUUCAAAUUUUGCCAUAUUGUUAAGUUUGUUUCAUUUUUUAAAUUGUUUGCAAGAAGUUGCUUUAUGAAUGUCAGCAUUUCAAUCAUUCCAUUUUUAAAGGACCUGUACCAUAUAUUUGAUCAAAUUUAAACCAUGAAUCUUAAGCAAUUUUGUCAGUUAAAGGGUCAGAGUCUGUUUUGUUAUUGCACAGCUUUAAAAAAAAAUUAUACAGCAUUAUAAGUUACUGGUUGUUAGUUUUAUCCCAAAUUUUUGAAAACUAUAUAUGGUAAAAUUUAAAGUUUACAUGUGGUUAUUAGUUCUCAUAUUUAGUACAAUAAGUGAAAUAAAGGUUUUAUAAGCAAA